AUGCCUUCCUCACCCUCACAACCACCACUUGCCCGUUCUUCCACAGCCCCGUCGAGGCUUCUUCUCAGUUCUCAUCAAAAAUUAGGACUGAUCGGAAAUAAUUUAGAAGGUAGUUAUUUAGAUUCAUCCAACAUUAUGAAUAGUGGAAUGAUUUUGCCAUUGAGAUUAGACUUGGUUGCUGCUGGACGAUCUCGGAGUAAUAGUAGAGCCAUUGCUCAUGAAACAAGUACCAUAAAUUAUGAAUUAUUUUCUUUAAAGAGAAUUAUUUCAUUAUCUACCGGCACUUAUCCUAUGAAUUCCAAUGAUUAUACGAUUGAUACCUCCCAAUGGGAAGAGAUUUCAAUGAGUCAAUCGUAUUGGAACAAAUAUAUUAUGAAAGAAAAAAAAACAAAUGAUAUUGACUUUGACAAGCAAUCAUCAUCAGGUGAUAGUAUCGGAAAUGGACAAGGGCUAGAUAUGUCUGUAAUUUUGGCGAAUACACAAAGCGGAAUUGGUGAUGAAUCGUUUUUUAGUAAUGCUCUCAAAACUAAUUCAAAAAUGUCACCUCGAAGCGGAAGUUCGAAAAAAUCACAAGACAGCUCUAGUAAUUAUUCUUCUCCUGUACUCGGUAUUAACAAUAUUGCUAAACCAGUAACUUUUAAAAACGUAAUUUCAGGUGGUACCAACUCCCUGUAUAAUGUUAUUGCCAGUUUGUGCUCGAAUAAUGUCAUUGUAUUGAGAUUUUUUGGUACUGUCAAAUAUCUUGAUAGAGACGACGAAAAAUAUAAAAUUGUGAAGGGUCAUGACGAUGAUGAAAUAUCUGAGACUGAAAGUGUUGCGUCCAUAGGCUCUACGAGCAAUGACAUGCAAAAUAAUGCUCAUUUUCGAUAUGAAGAUGAAGAUUAUUCGAACAACAAAUUAUGUUCACCAAUUGUGAGGUGCUUGAGUUAUUUUCAUGAAAAUGGUAUUGAACUAGAAACUAUUGCUAUGGACGAAACUGCUCGUUGGCUUAGUUGCAUUACAGCUGAUGCUGACGUGUAUAUAGUGCCAAUUUGUAGAUUGUUCUUCCCCUACAAUUCUGACAACAGUUAUCCUUUCAAAAAGAAUCUAGAUGGAGAUGAAGGAAAAGGUUCCAAUCAAUAUCCAUCUCUAUUUGAUUACACUCUAUUUAAGCUGGAAUCUCCUUUAGAAGCUUCUCAAGCAACAACAGUGCUAGCAACGGAAGCUUUAAAUUUGAACAUGAUGAAAAAUAUUGAACUGGUAAUCACAAAUUCAUCUAGUUCAAUCAAGAAGCACCAACAAAUCCAAAAAUAUCAACAGAAACAUCUGACAGGCUCGCAAUCUCUUUUAGACUCAAUUGAAAGAACCGUAUUAACCACCAAUACAAAGGCAAAACGCCAGUAUCAACCUGUAAAGCAUGGACAAGUGACAUGUAGCGCAUGGUGGGUCACUUUCUCAAAUCAUCCAUUGAAGAAGUACUACUUAAUUUAUGGUACAGACAAAGGAUUCCUGAUAUUCCUGAAUUUACAUACAUUGAAGGAGGAUGCUGUGAUCGGUGGCUUCAAAUAUGGUAUCAAGAGUAUCAAAAUUGUUUCUGACGGAAAGUCUGUUUCGUUUUCAUUGGUGACAUGCGGCAAAGGAUCACACUACAAACAAAUUCUGGAACAUUUAGAUCUCAGCUUCCAAACAUUCAGAAACGUCUGUGACUAUUAUCAAACACAAAACUCCGUCGUAAACGUGGGUGGAAAUAAGGAUGUGAAACGAGAAAUGCAUAAUGACUCAGAAGUUUUCAAGCUUAGAAGAUUGGAACAAUUUAACAACGAAGGUUCUCCCUGCUACAUGAACGCCAAGUGGUUUGAAGAAAAACAAGCAAACUUAAUUUCAUGCCUGAAUAAGGAGAAAAAUAUCUUUUCUCUCUUCGAUGUUCAAACCAUAUCUCAAAUCGGAGAUCAAUCGACAAGAAGUAAGAGAGACGAGGUAUAUCCUCUUUUCCAAUACCAUCUUGGUGAGUCUACAAGCAUUGUCCAUCCAACCAAUCGAUUGUUAUUUUCUGUGCAAAGAGGGGAAGGAAGUGCCUCCAAAAGAGGACUUCUUGGAUCCCCUUCUGCAGAUGAUACAGAGUACCAAGAAAGGCUAUUUGUUAUAGGUAGAUCUCUACUUCUCAUGAACAAUGGACGUAGACAUGGUGGUGUUCUUCAAGAAUUUUUGUUACCCACAAAUGAAAUGGUGAAAGGAAUGAUGAGUGGAUUUUUGUAUCGAGACGACUCGUCAAAUCAAGGAAAAUUUAAAUCUGACCACAGCUAUGAAAUGGAAGGAGUAAUCUUUUGGACACAGACAGGAAUUUAUGAACUUAGACAGAAAUACUCUCCUCUCAGAAUUUUUGAAUACAUUAUUUCCAACAAACAAAAUAUUAUCAAGGACGGCAAUUUGGUGGAUCAAUUUGGGCAAACCUUUGAGCUGGAUCUCUUUUCACUUUACGAGCAGUAUGCUGAUGAGCGAUUUGAACAGGAAGAUUAUGAUUUCGCAUUCACAUUAUACAAACUUUCGAAUGUUAGUGAAGUGAAAUAUGUGAAUAGAUUAUUACAGGCAGAGAGGUCUGAAGAGGCAUUUAAAUAUUUACUAUCAGUUUUGGAAAAUUCUAGCGGUAUUUCGUUAAUGAAACGAAAACAACUCUCCAAUCUAUUGUUUGAAUGCUUUAUGCAAAAACUAAUUUCAACAUCAGAGGUUAACACUGAUAUUUUGAAACAAUUUAGACAAUAUUUAUUGACCAAUACUGACAUUAAUCCACAAGCUGUGAUUUCUCAACUCGUCCAGUAUUGCUGUUGCAAUGAUAUCAAGCUCAAUAAUGAACAAGAGACAUCGUUGAUUAAUAUGGAACUCAUUUUAGAAAUAGCUCACAAGCACAAUUUGAUGAAAUUUACACUUCAAUUUUUAGUUUCUCGAGGAUAUAUUUCAGUACUCUCAGAAAAAGGAGCAAUCAAAUAUCUUUAUGACAAUGAAUAUGGUUAUUUGACUCAAAGCAUUGGCUGUGGUGUGUUGCUACACCACUGCACAGCAAACACUAAAGCCAAGUUUUUAUUGGAAUAUUUAGAGCAAAUGCGCACGAUCAGACUCAAAACGUUCAUGAACGUUGAGACCAUCCAACGAGAGUCAUCUGAUGACUUCUUUAGCAUGGAUUUUAAAUCACAAAAACAACAAGUUAAGCAAGAGGCAACAUCUCAGACAGGUAGCUCCUCACUCAUCAAACAACAGUUGUUCUUUGAAGACCCACUCGAAGCCAUUCAGUACAACUCAAAACUUUUUGAUAUGAUGAUUAAUCUCCUUCCUCACAUCGACGACAUUUCCAUUCUCACUACAAUUUGUAAUAGAUUUAAUCCCGAAGAAAACCCAAACAUUUCCAAAGAAACAAGACAAAGUGCAUCUAGCUUAGUAAGAGAACCAACAUAUAGCAGAUAUUUCCACUAUCCAUAUAUCCAUCUGGAGCAACAUUUGGAGAUUUUUAUUAUAGCAAUGUUGUGUCUAGUAAGGUUGAAACGCAAAUUGUCAGAUGCUUUCGUGGAGAACCAAAACUCUUCGAAAUCGAAUUAUUUAGUAACAAACUUGUCUUCGAAUAGCCUCUAUACUCAUACACAAGAGAAGCUAGAACAGUGUGUGAAAUGUUACAACAUGUACAGAAAACAAUUCAUCGUCUCAUGCUGCUUGAAAUUCAACAAUAAGUCGGCCUUAGCGUUAAUUUAUGAAAAGGAUGAGAUGUGGAUUGACGCACUGUGCUGCAAGCUUGUGCAAAUCAAAGAAAAUUAUACAGAAUUUAUGAAACAUACCAACAACGAAAAUAAUGCAACAUCAAUCAUGGACAACACUUUGAAAUACUACUUUACAAUUUUCGACAGAUAUCUUACCAACAAAACCAAUGAUCUUGAUGAAGAAUCAAAACUCAAAAUACUUGAAAAAUUAUUCACCUUCUAUCAUAACAUGCAGUUUCCAACAUCCAAACUUGAAGAACACUGUAUCAAAAACAUACAUGUCAUAGGGGACAUUCUAUCAAUAUUAUUACUGUUGCAAAACCAUUCAAGUGUGAACUCUCAAGCUCUCAAAAAGAACCUUAAAUUUUCGCAUCAUUUUUAUCUUAAAAUUACGCAAAGCUACGUGAGAAAUGUCAAGAGAAAUGAGCGAGAUGAAGAAAGAUCGAUCAGAAAUCUCACACAACAAAUACUAAGAAAUAUGGAGAAGGAUAUUUACAGGAGAAAUCAUAUUACAGUUCCAACCUCUGACAUUGCAAAGCUUUCACAGCAAAGCCAAGACGAUAGAAUUGUUGUUUUUACUUGUGGCGAUCAUUAUACACGAUCCAAUUUCACUUCUAAUAUUCUUAUCGAAUUUAAAAACCGUGUGAAUCAACUCGUUUCAGCCAUGCCUUCCGAUGUGAACAAAAAUAUAUUGAACACAGCCACAGAUAUCAUUAUGAAAGAUUAUCAAAACAUGACAGAAGAAAGAAGUCUUUACACAAAUCAAGCAUGUCCCGUUUGUGUCUAUAACUUUUUCUUAAAGAACGAGAAAGCUAAAAUACUCAAAUUGAAACCACAAACGACACGUAUGUUACACCAUCAACAACAACAACAACCAAAUACCAACACUCCUCCUCCCUUGAGUGAUCAAGCAUUGCAAUUUAUGAAUUACAUCGAAAAGCUUCCAACUUGGUCAUUACUGAAAUGA